AACUGCAAGAUCAUUUAUACUUUUCAAUGAGUCUAGAAAGGAGGGUUCAUUCUGCUUAUAAAUGAAGUUUAUUUUUAUAUGGAUCAAGAAGUUAUUGGUGAUAGAUUGAUCUAGCAACUGAAUCGUAUUGGACCUAUGUUCAUAGGAAAAAAGUUCAGAAUGAGCCCAAAUACCAUCUGUCAAAGUUUGCCAUAGAGCUUGUAGAACACCCUGUAUUUUGGGCCAGUUAUUAUGGAUAUAAUCGGAACCAUCAACAAAUCUGAUUUGCAGAUUUACCAGAAGAUGUGGGGAUCGGAAGAUGAUCAUAUAUAAAGGUUGUCACACUCUUGACGGAAUAACAGUCGUUGAAUCAUCCAAACAUGAAACUGAUACUCCUCCUAGUGGCAGUAUGUGGUCUAGUGAAUUGUCGACCACAAGAUUUCAAUUCAAACUUCCGAUUGGCCAACCCAAUUUAUAUCACGAGCUAUAUUUAUGAUCUGCUACCUGAUCAAAGCUACUUCUACUCGUACGAACAAAAUGAUGAACAGAAAAAAUUCGAGAGGGGUUUCAUCAGACAAGGACCGACUCCUGAAGAGGAUAUCAACACUGUGGAAGGUUCCUAUUCUUACGUUGGUCCUGAUGGUCAAAAUUACAAUGUGACGUACACCGCUGAUGAAAAUGGUUUCCAACCUUCUGGUGAUCACCUUCCCCCGUCUGCUGGAGUGAAACCUAAACUUGGAAUUUCCUCAGCAGCUCUAGCUUCUUUGUCUGGUUGAUCGACUAAGAGACUAACUUAUACAAAGAUUGUGUACAUACUAAAGAGAAUUGUUAUUUUAGUUAUAAAAUAAGUAUAAUGACAAAUACGAGUAGUAAAUUAAGUUUUCAGUU